ACUCACAAAGAGGCUGAGAGGGAACAACGUGGUGUCGGGAGGUGAAGGAGACAAGAGCCAAGGAGUAAAUAAGUGACAGGCUCGGCCCUGAUUCAAGUGUGACACUGAAAGAGCUGAAUAUAAAGGAGCACGAUUGGGAAGCUUUUUUUCUGUGUUUGGAUUUGCUGCGAGGAGGCAAGCGACUGAGGAUUAUCCGAAUUAACGCUGAACAGGAUUUGCUCUCAUGAUUAACUCAAGACUCAAUGGUGGAGUUGUUUGCAGAGCGGGUUUUGAUAAAGAACAACAAGGAGCAGGACGAGCUGGACACCGAGCGAGAGAUCGUGAUGCGUCUGCAGAACCGGAUCCUGAUGCUGUUCUUCGCCUCGGCGUCAUGUGAACGCUGCCGGCAGUUUGUCCCCAAACUCAAAGACUUCUUCAAACAGUUGACGGAUGAAUUCUACGUGGAUCGCUCUGCACAGCUGGUCCUUCUGUACAUAAGUUUGGACCUCUCUGAGGAUCAACAGGAAAGCUUCCUCAAGGAGUUGCCCAGGAGGUGCCUGUUCUUAGCAUACGAGGACCCCUACAGGAGGGAGCUGAAGGAGCUCUACCACGUCGAAGAGCUGCCCACGGUGGUGGUCCUGCGUCCAGACUGCUCCAUCCUCAUCCCCAAUGCCGUGGAGGAGAUACUGCGUCUGGGCCCAGACUGCUACAUCAACUGGCAGGAGGCAGCUGAGAUCAUCGACAGGAACUUCAUGAUCACGGACGACUUUCAGGAGAAGUCCAUGCGCAGCUUUAGUGACCCAGUCAGGAGACUCAAGUACAAGGUGGAGGACGAUAAGAAGAAGAGGAAGAAGUGCAGGUUAUUGGGUGGAGGGGGAGAGACAGAGGAAGCUGGAGCUAAAGAUGCAGGGUCGCCAUGGUGACGCUGAGAGCACGAUUGAGCAGAGGAGGUGUUUCAUUUUCCCAUUUGUUGCAUCAGAAACUGACAAUGAUGUUGAGGGAGACCCUUGGUCUGACGUGAACUAAAAGGGUGGCCAAUAAAUGAAGUCCAGAAGGCGGGACUCUUCGAAAUGUAGACUUAGUGGCGAGCAACAGAAAUGAUAAUCACAGUGUGAUCUGAAUAUAUGAAAAGAAAGCAUUGUUUUUUUUUUCAAUAGAUUUUGAGGAAAACAUUUUUAACAAGAAACAACAGGUCAUUUUAUUUAUUUAUUUUAUCUUCAAGAUAAAAUAAAGAUUAGGAGGCAAAGUGCCAUUUGCUGAUUAAGCAAUGAAAACUAAAUCCCUGAAUAAAAAUUACAAUGAGAAAAUUGAUAUCUUGAUACUAUAAUAUAUCACAUUAUGAUGGUUGUAUAUAAAAAAAACAAAAAACGCAGAGAAAUACUGAAUAGGCGGUAUGUAAAGCUCUUGCUGGCCAAAAAAAUGACCCGACCCGGCCGGAUGUGGCCCCCCAGCCUUAAGUUUGACAUGUACUUUAAAGGUUAAAAAUAUACACCAAUUGGUUUAGAAAGAGGUUUCCAGUCACCUACAUGGAAGUCAUGUCUAUUUUGCUUCAUAAUCAUAAACUCAACCGAUCAUGAAUACAACUCACACAGAACAUCUCUGAAUGGCGUAUGGAGGAUUUUAAGUGCAACAACAAACACUCAUGUAGUGACCCUACUGUAUGAGGGGAAUUUUUUCAAACAUUUCGAUUAUUUUACUUGCGCCUUUUGUUGAAUGAAAGAGUCAUCUACCUUAGUAUCUUAGAGUAUUGAGUAGCGUUGUCAAGCUGUGA